CGAGCGACCGUGACGACAUCCACUUCAGACCGGAAGUUGUGUGAUCUGAAAUCCAAACGCAAACAUUCGGUCUGAAGGUUUUUCAGAAAUAGCUAAAUAGCUUAACGUGCGGGUUUUGCUCUACAUAUACAACAUUUACAAAUGGGGAAAGCUGAUUUUCUCAGUCCCAAAGCGAUUGGCAAUAGGAUCAAAUCCAAAGGGCUUCAAAAGUUAAGAUGGUAUUGCCAGAUGUGUCAGAAACAAUGCAGAGACGAGAAUGGGUUUAAAUGCCACUGCAUGGCGGAGUCCCACCAGAGACAGCUGCUGCUGGCCUCAGAAGACCCCAAUCAGUUCAUGGACUAUUUCUCAGAUGAAUUCAAAAGGGACUUUCUGGAGCUGCUAAGGAGACGGUUUGGGACCAAGCGAGUUCACAACAACAUUGUCUACAAUGAAUACAUCAGUCACAGAGAACACGUCCAUAUGAACUCCACACAAUGGGAGACUCUCACAGACUUCACCAAGUGGGUGGGGAAAGAAGGUCUGGCCAAGGUGGACGAGACCCCUAAGGGCUGGUACAUCCAGUACAUCGACCGCGACCCCGAGACCAUCCGCCGCCAGGAGGAGCUUGAGCGGAAGAAGAAGCAGGACCUGGACGACGAGGAGCGCGGCGCCAAGUUCAUCGAGGAGCAGGUCCGCCGCGGCAAGGACGGACGCGAGCCCGAGGAGGCUCCGACGUUCACAGAGCUGAAACGAGAGAACGAGGAAGAAAAAAUUGCCUUCAAUAUGGCCUCUUCCUCUGUCGCGGGACCUUCGAAACCAAGUUCCCUCCUGGGGGCCAGUGCCCUGAAAGCGCCGGCAGGAGCUACAGCCAAGAGGAAAGAGCCCUCUUCUGCCUCAGAGUCAAGGGAGAAAAAGAAGAAGUCCGCACUGGAGGAGAUCAUUGAGAUGGAGGAGAGGAAGAAAAAGAAGCAGAUGUCUGCGUCGGCCAGGACGGAGAACUGGCUCCAGCCCAACAUUGUGGUCAAAAUCGUCACCAAGAAGCUGGGAGAGAAGUACCACAAGAAGAAGGCGGUCAUCCAAGAGGUGCGAGACCAGUACACGGCGGUGGUGAAACUGGUGAUCUCUGGGGACAAGCUGAAGCUGGACCAGAGCCACCUGGAGACGGUCAUACCUGCGCCAGGUAAACGGGUCAUGAUCCUGAACGGAGAGUACCGGGACACAGAGGCCGUGCUGGAGGGCAUCGACGAGAAGAAGUUCUCCGCCACGCUCACCCUGGACUCCGGUCGAUUGAAGGGCAAGCGAGUUGAAGGUGUCGCUUACGAGGACUUCUCUAAAAUGCCUUGACCGCUCCCCCGCUCGCGACCUCUGUCCCAGGCAGCCUGUGUCGGGCUCUACUGUGUCAGAGUUCAUUUCCCCGGGUCUCCGGCAGCUGUAAAUAAUCAUCUUUGUCGUUUGUUGACUGUUCUUCAGUAAAUCGAUUUUCAAGAUUAAUUUUCUUUAGUCUUUUGGUUUUUAUUUUGUAGUUACACCACGACAAGUAAUUAUUUUGUCCUUUACAAUUUCGUGACAUUGUUUGGAUUCCUCCAGAAUAAAGUGGAACAAAUAUCGAACUGCUU